GGCGGCGGCGGCGGCUCGGCCGGGCGUCCGCGGGGCGUGGGGGAUGGGGGCGGCGAGCUGGAGCCCGCGGCGGCGGUCGCGGCGGCGACGGAUUUCAGUUUUUAUGACCGCUCUGUGAAAGGAUGAUUGCUCACAAACAGAAAAAGACAAAGAAAAAACGUGUUUUGGUACCAGGCCAGCUUUCCACUGAUGCUAAAACUUCUGAAAUGGGGCUCAAGUCUAUAAAUUCUAAUACCAUUUUUGAUCCGGAUUACAUCAAGGAGUUGGUGAAUGAUAUCAGGAAGUUCUCCCAUAUGUUGUUAUAUUUAAAAGAAGCCAUUCUUUCAGACUGUUUUAAAGAAGUCAUUCAUAUACGUCUGGAUGAACUUAUCCGUGUUUUAAAGUCAAUAAUGAAUAAACAUCAGAACCUCAAUUCUAUUGAGCUCCAAAAUGCUGCAGAAAUGCUUGCUACAAAAGUGAAAGCUGUGAACUUCACAGAAGUAAAUGAAGAAAACAAAAAUGAUCUCUUCAGAGAAGUGUUUUCUUCCAUUGAAACCUUGGCCUUUACCUUUGGGAAUAUUCUUACAAAUUUUCUUAUGGGAGACGUAGGCAAUGAUUCAUUAUUGCGACUGCCUGUUUCCCGAGAAAAUAAGUCUUUUGAAAAUGUUUCUGUGGAAUCAGUCGACUCAUCCAAUGAAAAAGGAAAUUUUUCUCCUAUAGAACUAGACAGUGUGCUGUUAAAGAACACUGACUCUAUAGAGUUGGCUUUGUCAUAUGCUAAAACGUGGUCAAAGUAUACAAAGAAUAUAGUCUCAUGGGUUGAAAAGAAGCUUAACUUGGAGUUUGAAUCCACUAGAAAUAUUGUCAAGUUGGCAGAAGCAACUAGAACUAACAUUGGACUACAGGAGUUCAUGCCACUGCAGUCUCUGUUUACCAAUGCUCUUCUUAGUGAUCUAGAAAGUAGUCACCAUUUACAACAGACAAUUGCAGCUCUCCAAGCCAACAAGUUUGUGCAGCCUCUACUUGGAAGGAAAAAUGAAAUGGAAAAGCAAAGGAAAGAAUUGAAAGACCUUUGGAAACAGGAACAAAAUAAAAUGCUGGAAACAGAGACUGCACUUAAAAAGGCAAAACUGUUAUGCAUGCAACGACAAGAUGAGUAUGAAAAAGCGAAAUCGUCCAUGUUUCGUGCAGAAGAGGAUCUGUGCUCAAGUAGUAGUGGAAUGGUGAAAAAUCUCAAUAAGCAACUAGAGAAAAAGAGAAGACUAGAAGAGGAGGCUCUUCAGAAAGUAGAAGAAGCAAAUGAACUAUACAAAGUUUGUGUGACAAAUGUUGAGGAAAGAAGAAAUGAUUUGGAAAAUACCAAAAGAGAAAUUUUAGCACAAGUUCGGAAACUUGUUUUCCAGUGUGAUCUUACCCUUAAAGCUGUAACAGUUAACCUGUUCCAAAUGCAGCAGCAGCAGGCCUCCUCCCUAGCAAGCAGGUUGCAGUCUCUUUGUGAUAAUGCCAAACUCUAUGAUCCAGGCCAAGAAUACAGUGAAUUUGUGAAGGCCACAAGUUCAACUGAAGAAGAAAAAGUUGAUGGGAAUGUAAAUAAACAAUUAACAGAUAGUCCUCAUACCUCUGGAUAUGGACCUUCAGACUCUUUAGAGGACGUUGUGCGCCUUCCUGAUGGUUCUAGUAAGAUUGAAGAAGAUAGAUGUUCUAACAAUGCAGAUAUGACAGGUCCUUCUUUUACAAGGUCGUGGACUUUUGGGAUGUUUAGUGACUCUGAGAGCACUGGAGGAAGCAGUGAAUCUAGAUCUCUGGAUUCAGAAUCUAUAAGUCCAGGAGACUUUCAUCGAAAACUUCCACGAACUCCAUCCAGUGGCACCAUGUCUUCUGCAGAUGAUUUAGAUGAAAGAGAACCUCCUUCUCCUUCAGAAGCUGGACCUAAUUCCCUUGGGAUUUUUAAGAAAACACUGAUGUCAAAGGCUGCUCUCACUCACAAGUUUCGCAAAUUGAGAUCCCCCACAAAAUGUCGGGAUUGUGAAGGCAUUGUAGUAUUUCAAGGUGUUGAAUGUGAAGAGUGUCUCCUUGUUUGUCACCGAAAGUGUUUGGAAAAUUUAGUCAUCAUUUGUGGCCAUCAGAAACUUCUGGGGAAAACACACUUAUUUGGAGCAGAAUUCACCCAAAUUGCCAAAAAGGAACCUGAUGGCAUUCCAUUUAUACUCAAAAUGUGUGCCUCAGAGAUAGAAAAUCGAGCCUUGUGUCUGCAGGGAAUUUAUCGUGUAUGUGGAAACAAACUAAAAACAGAUAAACUGUGUCAAGCUUUGGAAAAUGGGAUGCAUUUGGUAGACAUUUCAGAAUUUAGUUCUCAUGACAUCUGUGACGUCUUGAAAUUAUACCUUCGACAGCUUCCAGAACCAUUUAUUUUAUUCCGAUUAUACAAGGAGUUUAUAGACCUUGCAAAAGAAAUACAUCGUGUAAAUGAAGAGCAAGAGGCAAAAAAGGGGCUCUCUGAGGACAAAAAGUGCUCAAACACUUGUAUCGAAAUAAACCGCAUUCUUCUAAAAAGCAAGGACCUUCUAAGACAACUACCAGCAUCAAAUUUUAACAGUCUUCAUUACCUCCUAGUACAUCUGAAACGGGUUGUAGAUCAUGCAGAAGAAAACAAGAUGAACUCCAAAAACUUGGGGGUGAUUUUUGGACCAAGUCUUAUUAGGCCACGGCCUACAACUGCCCCUGUCACCAUCUCCUCUCUUGCUGAAUAUUCAAAUCAAGCACGACUGGUUGAAUUCCUUAUUACUUAUUCACAGAAGAUCUUUGAUGGGUCAUUGCAGCCACAAGAUGUAGUUGUGUGUAAUAUGGGUAGUGUUGCAUCUCAAGCUGAUCAGAUUUGCCCUCCAAAGCCUCUAUUAUCACCAGAAGAGAGAAAUUCAGAGCAUUCUGUGAAGCCACUAUUUUUCUCUUCAAAGGAAGAUAUUCGUACUUCAGUCAGUGAAAGCAAAAAUUUGGAGCCACCUACAUUCCUUGAGGUUUCAGAACGCAAGCAAAAUGUAUUAGAAAAACGUGAUGCAUCUUUCACUGACACCCUGCAUUUGCUUGCAGAUCAGGAGCUUGAAUCAACAUCACAAAAGAUGGAAACAACCUGUAAAAUCUCUAAGCAACCUCCUCUGAAAUCUGAUAGGGAAAAUAUUGGGAGGCAUAAUCCAAGGACCAAGAUGAGACCUGUAAGUUUGCCUGUAGAGAGAAUACUACUACUUUCAAGCUCUCCUAAUGAGAGAAAUGGAAGAAACCUGGGAAAUGUAAAUUUAGACAAGUUUUUUAAGAACUCUCUCUUUGACGGAAAUCCUAUCUUCCAAGAACUUAAUAGAAAAGAUAAUCCUACUAUUUUCGGUUCUAACUUUGAUGACUUUGACCUACAAAAUCUACCAAAACAUUGGGAAAGAGAGUCUGAACAGAAGGACCCAGUUGCAAAGACUGCAGUCGCUUUGCCCAGUGCACUUCAAGAAAGAGGAGUGACGAACAUCAGGAUCAGCGGGGACCAUCCUGUCAGUGCUCCUCAACCCAGUAAGCCAUGCUCAGAAGUAGUUAGGUCAGCAAAACAAGUGUCAGAAAGACGCUCCUCUGAUUCCUGUCCUGUGGCUCCCAUCAGAGCACCCAGAACACUGCAGCCUCAGCACUGGACAACAUUCUAUAAACCACAUGCUCCCACUGGCAGUGUGAGAAUGGGGGAAGAGAAACCUACAGCCUCCUCAGCAGCCGUGCCUCCUGUCACAACUCAUUCUCCCCAGAGCCAGGUGCUGAGACUAAUUCCAGACUCAGAAAACGCAUCCACCUGUUCUGUACAGCCGCUUAGUAAACCUAAAGAGAACUCAGAGGACCAAAACUUGCCAGAGGUUCACCCAACCUGUCAGAGACCAAGACUAAAACGAAUGCAACAAUUUGAAGACCUUGAAGACGAAAUUCCACAGUUUGUGUAGGAUUGUCAAAACCCAGCUUUUCUUUCGUUAUUGUUUUGUGGUAUUGUGCUUGUUUUGUAAAAAUAAUUUUUGGAAGGGGGGGGGGGAGACCUUUUGUAUAGGAUUGUCCAGUCAUGGUUGUUUUUAUCCAGAGUCAAUUGUAUUGAAUGGUAGAAUGUUCUGAUAGGCCUGAAUAUGUUCCUUUUUGGAAUUAUCUUUACAUCUGUAUUUUGAAGUUGUGAAUAAAUAGGUGAACUCA